GGAGCUGCCCAGGGAAGGUGAGCCGCGCCUGCGGAGCCGGGACUUGCCAUGGCCCAGCCUGCAAAGGGGGAAGCGACAGACACUUAGCAGCGAGGGGGCGUGAACGGCCGCCGCAGCCAGGGAAACUUUGCAGCGCGGAGGAGCAGCAGCAAAACCCCGGCGCGAGCCCGCUGCGGCUCCCUCCCUUCUCCUUUUUUGGGAAGGAAGAAAAAACCGCGCGGCUGUUUGCUCAGGAGCAACUCCCCCCCCCCCCCCCCCGUGGCUUCUGCCCGCAGCCCUGAAUGUCCCAUUGUCCCGGGCGCUCGGCCCCCCCUCGGUGAUGUUGGAAAACCCUCGCCCUUUGCUCCGCACAGUCGCUGGCGCGCGGGUGCAGGGGGCUUCCUGGAGGCAGAGGGAGCCCGUGCGCAGCCCCCGCUCCGGCUCCUCGCAACUUCUGCUCCUUUUGUUCUGCAGGAGGAAACUUUCUCCCCCGCGUGGGGCGGCGGCGGCGGGGCGAGACCCCUCGGCCCGGGCUCCCCCAGCGGCGUCCCGGGGGCCCCGGACAACGCCCGCGAUGCGCCCGGCCCCGCGGCGCGCCUGGAAGGAAGCGGCGGCUCCCUGCCCGGGGGCAUGUUAGCCCCGAGCCCGGCCGGGCUGCGGGCGCUGCGCGAGCUCCGACUCGGGGGCGCCGGGGCGAGCUGAACUUUUGCUCCGUUGGGUUUGGUGUGUUGCCUCCUUUGGCCAGCGGAGCGCGGGGCCCCCCGGGCUGAGCCGGCCCCGGGGAGGGGCAUGGCGUGCGGCGGGGGCAGCGGCGCCAGCCCGGGGCCCGCCAGCCCGGCACCGCUCUGGUACCACCGGGACCUGAGCCGAGCGGCGGCGGAGGAGCUGCUGGCCAGAGCCGGCCGAGACGGCAGCUUCUUGGUGCGGGACAGCGAGAGCGUCUCGGGCGCCUACGCCCUCUGCGUGCUGUUCCAGAAGCACGUCCACACCUACCGGAUCCUGCCAGAUGAGGAUGACUUCCUAGCGGUGCAGACGUCGCAGGGAGUCCAGGUGAGACGCUUCAAGACCCUGAACGAGCUGAUCGCGCUCUACCUGCAGUCCAACCAGGGCCUGGUCUGCACCCUGCUCUUCACCGUCGAGCGGGAGAAGGAGAAGGAGAAUGCCGAGGACAGGGACUACUCAGAUGGGGAGGAUGAAAAGCCCCCGUUACCCCCGCGCUCCGGCUCCACCAGCUUCUCCCCCGCCAGCCUCGGGCCAGCCACGCAGGACGGGGCCAUCGAGAGUGCCACCAACGGCCUCAGCACGGUCUCCCACGAGUACCUGAAGGGCAGCUACACCCUGGACCUGGAGGCUGUCAAAGCCGGGGCCAGCAGCCUGCCCCAUCUCAACAAGACCCUGGUCACCUCCUGCAAAAGGCUACACAGCGAGGUGGACAAGGUCCUGUCCGGGCUGGAGAUCCUCUCCAAGGUGUUUGACCAGCAGAGUUCGCCCGUGGUCUCCCGGAUCCUCCAGCAGACCGCUGGCCAGACGGGAGAGCAGGAGCUGGAGAGCCUGGUGCUGAAGCUGUCUGUCCUGAAGGACUUCCUGUCCGGCAUUGAGAAGAAGGCUCUGAAAGCUCUCCAGGACAUGAGCUCCACGGCCCAGCCUGCCCUGGCCCAGCCCUCCUUCCGCAAAGCCAAGAGCAUCCCCGUGCAAGCGUUCGAGGUGAAGCUGGACGUCACCUUGGGGGACCUCACCAAGAUCGGCAAGUCGCAGAAGUUCACGCUGAGCGUGGACGUGGAGGGCGGGAAGCUGGUGGUGCUGAAGAAGCAGAAGGACUCCCAGGAGGACUGGAACACAUUCACCCACGACAAGAUCCGACAGCUGAUCAAGUCCCAGCGGGUGCAGAAUAAGCUGGGGAUCGUCUUCGAGAAGGAGAAGGAUAAAACUCAGCGGAAAGAUUUCGUCUUCGUCAGCGCCAGGAAGCGGGAGGCGUUCUGCCAGCUGCUGCAGCUGAUGAAAAACAAACAUUCCAAGCAGGACGAGCCCGACAUGAUCUCCGUCUUCAUCGGCACGUGGAACAUGGGAAGCGUGCCUCCCCCCAAGAGCAUCACGUCCUGGUUUACGUCGAAGGGCCUGGGGAAGACACUGGAUGAGAUGACGGUCACCAUCCCCCAUGACAUCUACGUCUUUGGCACCCAGGAGAACUCGAUGGGGGACAAGGAGUGGGUCGACGUCCUCCGGGGCGUGCUGAAGGAGUUCACGGAGAUCGAGUACCGCCCGAUCGCGAUGCAGGCCUUGUGGAAUAUUAAGAUUGCCGUCCUGGUGAAACCGGAGCACGAGAACCGGAUCAGCCACGUCAGCACCUCGAGCGUGAAGACCGGGAUCGCCAACACGCUGGGCAAUAAAGGGGCCGUGGGAGUCUCCUUCAUGUUCAAUGGCACCUCUUUCGGCUUCGUGAAUUGCCACCUGACCUCAGGCAACGAGAAGACGGCCAGGCGGAACCAGAACUACCUGGACAUCCUGCGCUUGCUGUCCCUGGGCGACAAGCAGCUCAGCUCCUUCGACAUCUCGCUCCGCUUCACCCAUCUCUUCUGGUUUGGGGACCUCAACUACCGCCUGGACAUGGACAUCCAGGAGAUCCUCAACUACAUCAACCGCAAGGAGUUCGAGCCGCUGCUCAAGGUGGAUCAGCUCAACCUGGAGAAGGAGAAGCACAAGGUCUUCCUGCGAUUCGGCGAGGAGGAGAUCAGCUUCCCCCCGACCUACCGCUACGAGCGGGGCUCCCGCGACACCUACGUGUGGCACAAGCAGAAGCCCACCGGGGUCCGCACCAACGUCCCCUCCUGGUGUGACCGCAUCCUGUGGAAGUCGUACCCCGAGACCCACAUCAACUGCAACUCCUACGGCUGCACCGACGACAUCACGACCAGCGACCACUCCCCUGUCUUCGGCGCCUUCGAGGUCGGAGUGACAUCCCAGUUCGUCUCCAAGAAAGGGCUCUCCAAGGCCUCAGACCAGGCCUACAUUGAAUUUGAGAGCAUCGAAGCUAUCGUGAAGACGGCCAGCCGGACCAAGUUCUUUAUCGAGUUCUACUCCACCUGCCUGGAAGAGUUCAAGAAGAGCUGCGAGAACGACAUGCAGAGCAGUGACAACAUCAACUUCCUGAAGGUUCAGUGGUCCUCGAGGCAGCUGCCCACGCUGAAACCGAUUCUGUCCGAGAUCGAGUAUCUCCAGGACCAGCACCUGCUGCUCACAGUCAAGUCCGUCGAUGGCUACGAAUCCUACGGCGAGUGCGUGAUCGCCCUGAAGUCCAUGAUCGGCAGCACCACCCAGCAGUUCCUCACCUACCUGUCCCACCGCGGGGAGGAGACGGGCAACAUCCGGGGCUCCAUGAAGGUCCGGGUCCCAGCCGAGCGGAUGAGCACCCGGGAGAGGCUCUACGAGUGGAUCAGCAUCGACAAGGACGAAACAGGAGCUGCCAAGGGGAAGCUGCCGCUGGGGUCUCGGGCCAGCCAGGAGCAGGCCAAAUCCGCCGGCCGGAAGCCCCUGCCGGGGGAGGCGGCAGCCUGCCCCCUCGGGAAGCUGUCUGACGAGCCGGAGAAGCCCAGCACCCUGCCUGCCGGCCGUCUGCCAGCCCCGCUCCGCGGCACCUCCAGGGAGGAGACCUCUCAGACCAGGUCCAAGCAGGACUCGGCCUCGGAGCCCGACAGCGGCCCCACGAAGAACAGCUUCAAUAACCCAGCCUACUACGUGCUGGAGGGGGUCCCGCAUCAGCUGCUGGCCGCAGAUCCCCCCACCCCCUCCAAGGGGCCGGCCCCCAAGAACAAAGUGCAGAUCACGGUGCCCGUGCAGCCGGAGCGGCGCCGCCAGCCGCUCCCGGGCCGGGGCGAGGAGAGCUCCUCCGACGAGGACACGGGCACCCUCAACCUGCCGCCCCCCGACUUCCCGCCCCCACCCCUGCCCAAGGCCGUGGAGUUUGAGGUGGCCGAAAACCCUCUCUACGCCAGCGCCAAGGACCUGGCUGGGGCAGCUGGCCGGGAGGCGCCCGGCACUGCCAAGCCGUGGGCUGCCGUGGCCUUCAGCGACCCCUUGGAGUCCAAGCUGGCCCCACCCAAGCUACACCCCAGGCCUCCCCUCCCCCCUGGACCUGGCUUCCUGGUGGAGCCCCCCAGCGCCCCCCAGGCUCAGGGAGGCCCCCUGGACGAUCGCUCCUGCUCGGUGCUGCAGAUGGCCAAGACCCUGAGCGAGGUGGAUUAUCCGGGCAGCAAAGGGAGCAGCGGCCUGGGGCGGGAGCAGCAGGGCCGGCCGGCCCCACAUCUGCCCAGCAAAGGGCGGCUGGAUCUGCCCCCCAGGUGCAUGCACCCCGACUACAGCCGGCCCAUCACCUUCCCACCCCGCUCCAUCCGGGAGAGCAUCGAGGAGGACUUGGCUGAAGAGGCGCUGGGCCAGGAAGGGAGGAGCAGCUCCAGCCUGAGCGAGUGCAGCGUGGGCGACUGGCUCCUGGCCCUCGGGCUGCAGAGGUACGAGGAGGGGCUGAUUCACAACGGCUGGGACGACCUGGAGUUCCUCAGUGACAUCACGGACGAGGACCUGGAGGAGGCUGGGGUGCUGGAUCCCAACCACAAGCGCCUCCUGCUGGAGAACCUGCUGAAGCUCAGGAAGUAGCAGGAAUCUGCGCCUCCCACCUGUUCGCAUCCCGCGUCCCCCUCCUGCCCCCUCCUACGUCGGGAUCUCGGGGGCUUUCACUGUGCCUGCACCCCCCUCCCCCUGGCGGGGAGGGAGGGCACUCGAGGCAGCCCCGGGGGUGGGGGGCGAGGGCAGCGCGUGGGACACUGGCUUAGUGCUGCGUCUGCAGGGGGGCACCCCAGAGAUGGGGCUGUGGGUGCGGAGUGGGGAGGAGCUGCCCCACGGUGACCCAGAUCCUACCUGUCCUCGCCUUCCUGGAGGAAUCGGGCCUGAGCCAACCCAGAGCAAGGGGGCGAUGGGUGGGAGGGGGGCAGAGAGCCGCACGUGGGCUGAGCAGUCCCACAGCUGGGGGUUGGAAGUGGCCUAGGCCUGGGAGCAGGGCGCUCUGCUGCCUAAGUUAUUGCGUAUUUAUUGAACUAGAGGAAGAAAGUUUGUCUUGUUUCAUUGCCAGGCAGCCUGGGCUUGCUCGGGUUUAGGCCUCUCCUCCUCCUUUGCAGGGAGUUUCCCCUUCAGCCAAGCCAGGCCCUUUCCUGCCCCCCCUGCAUCCCGCGGGCUCGCAGCUCUGUGGGCAGCGGCGGGCAGGGCCUCUCCCUCUUCCCAGGGCACAGGUGCCGCUGGGUUACAGCGCUCCGGUCGCCAGGGAGCAACCAGGCUGAGCAAGGGGCUGGAGCGCUCUAUUGAGGGGGGCGCGCGAGCUGCCCAAGUGGGGACAUGAGCCUGCAGCCGCCCGGAGGGUGGGGCAUCGGGGACAGGCGCUGACUAGGAGUUAGAGGCUGGAAUUAACCUGGGAGGCUUGGCCCAGAGCUGAGGAGGAAUUCCCUGCCAGUGCCCUGGAUCUUUCCCCAUGGGGGUCAUGACAAAACCACCGCCCCCUGUCUCCCGCCAGGCGUCUCGGCAUCCUGGGAUACGUCCCAGCCCUGUGGUUAGCCAGGGAGGGCUGUCUGCUUCCGGAACGGUCUCUCCGCCCAGCGCCUCUGCGCCAGCGAAGAAUUGGAGCAGGCAGGGGCGUCUAGGCUCAGCGGGGGAGUAAAAACCCUCUCAGCCCUUCUCCUUGACUGUGGGAGCUGAUGGCGGGGGCAGUGGUCCCUCCACUCACUCCUGAGUCCUCCGUCCUCCUCUGGCCCCCAUUAUCUCCUCUCCUCCCUGGCUGUAGCGUAGUUACGCCUUAGGAGCCCGCUAAAGCACUCCUAGUGCAGACAGGGCCGACGAGCCACGCCCAGGGUCACAGGGGAAAUCUGUGGCGGAGCAGGAAUUAAACCCAGGUUGCCCCUGGCCCAGGCUACUGCACCACCCUCUGGCCAAUCUUCCCUGGCAUCCUUCCUGCCCAUCAGGCAUCCAGCCAGGCUCCAUGCACUGCCUCCUGCUGCCCUAUCUUCUAGCUGCUCCUCACCGGGCAUGGGGACCCCAGGGUCCUGCCUUCAUCUGUGCCCACCGUCCAUGAGAGCAGGGGGCAGCGUUUGUACCCGGCACUUUAUUCCCCCCCUCGGGUCAGAGACAUCUAGGGACACAGCCCGUGGGCCUUAGCGCUGCAGUGAGCGAGGGGGGCCUUUCCCAGGGAAGCCUGGGAGAACCCGCCUGUCCUUUCUGGGCCCACAAGGGGAAUUGUCGGAGGACUGCCAGCUCUGGAGAGUGGCGCUCGCCUGCAUCCACACUGCAGAGGGGUCGGGGAGCUCGCUCGAGCUGUAGCGUGUACCCCCGGCGAGCCAGCCUAUGUGUGGGGGCAGGACUCAAGCUAGGGGCAACACCCGAGUUACAACGUGAGUUCCCGCUGCAGCGAAGACAAGCCCCGAGUUCGCGUUCUCGUUGCCUGCCUGCACCGCGUUAGUUAGUUAGUUAGACGCUGGGGCAGCAAGCUGAGGUGCCUGCGAGGGCCACAGCCCUGCCCCACGUGCUGCUGGCUGGAGAGCAAGUCCUUCCACUGGCAUCAAGUCUUUACCCACCAGUCUGAGCUGCCAGCAGAGAGCGGGAGGAUGUGGCAGCUGAGACAGGCUACAGCAAAGUUGCACCCGCUUGACUGAAAGUGUUAUUUCAAACCGGCUUAGUUGAACCAGAGCAAAACAUAGUGUCAGCGCCCUUAAUCCAAAUUAAACUCGGUUUAUAUCCAUGUAGGUUAGCUUUGAGUCCUCGCUGAAUUAAGCUACAUGGAUAGAAACUGGGCUGCAAUCGGCUUAAGAGCACACGCACUGGGGUUUGCUCCAUUUUAACGGAAUUGGUUCGAAAUCACAAACUGGGUGCGGCUCUGGCCGGUGUCUGUAGCGUCCUCGCCUGCUGCUGAGCGAAUCCAAAGCGAGUCUGGGAUCCCCAGCUGCCUCCCUUCAAGCCAGGCAGGGCCAGGGACUGGGGCUCCGGACACCUGGGUUCUUUUCCCACUUCAGAAGCCAAGAUGCCCAAGGCCCCGUCCGACAGCUCCUCUGUGUGCUGGGGGAGAGGGAAACUGAGGCUAUUUCACUAAUGCCUCGAGAUUGUAACUGCAAAGGACAUCAUAGCUCCCCCAGUACCAUAAGCGGCUCCUUUGCCAAACCCAGCUGUGCCAGUUUCCUUCACGGAGUGGCGCUCCGGCACCCAGAGCGUUUAUAGGCACCUGUUAAAUCAGAGAGCCGGGGUGGGUCAUUCCACUGCCGUGUGUAGACAGCUGAGAUCGCCCCAUCGCCGCCCACACGGGCUCUAGCUGCUGGGGCGUAACCCCAUUUCUCCGCAGCCUCCUCCCAGCUAUUCUCCGCCUGCCGCUUUGUGACUGACUCGGGGUCUUGGGCAGCCCCUUGUGCACUGAAGAGGUUGGUCUGCAAGGCCCUGGGCUGGAUGGAGACGGGGCAGGCCCUACCCUGAGCCCUUCGCCAGCGAGGGCCUGAAGAGGAACAUAGUUCUCCACCCCCACCACGGCCGGGCACGUCAGCCUGGUUGCUGGGAGCGCAUGGGCAGCUGCUUGGCCGACGGGUUCCAAGCGGGAACGCAGGCAGUGGGGCACUUUGCCAGGCUUGGGCGACUCGACCCCCCCAGCAUGGGCCACGUGAGGCCAGACCCCAUGCCCCGCCAGCCCCACCCUCGCCCACUGGCACUAACCCCGUCUCCAUUAGCUCGUAGCAAUGGCAGACUGCUAACCUGGACCAGCCGCCCGACAGGGACCCAAAGGCAUUGAGCAAGCGUGUGGUGUUAACAGCCGUCUCCUCUAACUCUGGAGCCAGCUGCGCAUGGGGUCGAUCCCGCAGUCUACGGCCUGGGGGGCCGAUACAAAGCUCUCCCGCUUUGUGGCGAGUUUGAGUCCGGCCGGAGGCAGCGGCGGUGGCCAGGAGCUGUUGCUGGAUGAGGUUGCGGCCAGCUCUCCAGGCAGGGUGAGCGCCUUUCAGCCCCUUGCCGGCGAUCUCGGGGGGAAAGCCGUGGGCUGCCUCCUUGACUUUCUCUAGGCUCCUUUCCCUGUUAGCCAUCAGGAAGAUCCCAGGGGAUGCGCUGAGUGGCACAGGGAGAGAUCAAGCCUUAAGGACGGGCGAAAGGCCAGGGCACGGCUAGGACUCGUGACUGGGUUUGUUCACAGUUCAGUUUUAAGCACAGUUCUCAUUUCAAGACACCAGCUGCCACGGGGAACAGCCCCUUAGGCUGGUGCUGAGGGCAGGCCCCCGCUCACCGAUUUCCCUUUCCGACUGAAGGGAUCAUCACUGUGAUUUGGUUCCAAUGAGGACCCGCCUGUCGGUGUCAGUGAAACAUGGCUGGCUGCUGUCCCUGUGUUAGCACAGCUAUCUCUGGGCUAGGAUGGCCUGGAACCUUGUUCAGAGGCUGCUCUGAGCUACUGGUUUGUGGACAUGGGAGUAGGAGUCAGGAGCCCUGGCUUCUGUUCCCAGCUCUGAUGCUGACUUGCUUGCCUGGCCCUUUGGCCUGCUCAUUUCACCACUCUGUGCCUCGGUUUCCCCAUCUGUAAAAUGGAGGCAGCAAUGCUCAUCUGGUUUUCCGGAGCCAUACAGAGGUGAGCAUGCAUGCCCCAGGAGACAUAUCCAACCCUUGGAGGACUCCGCUAAGUCAUUGGAGCCUUUGCCCAUCCCAAGGAGAAUCUCCAGUGGUGAUGAAGGGGCUCUCACAGAGAAAUGAAGGACGUGUUUGGUUUCCAAUGUGGUUUAGCUAUCAGGCACGGGGAGGAGCCGGUGCCCGUGAGGCCUGGCAGGUUCUCUGCACCCCACCUUGUCUCUGUUAGUUAGCGAGGCGUUUGGUGUGACUUUAAUCCUACUAAACUACCGUCGUGUUGUGUUUUUUGUUGUGGUUGAAAUCACAAGCUAUUUUUUUAAUGUUUAAUUUAAUUGUUAUUUGAAACUCUCUUAUGCUUAAUAUUAUUUCUCGGGGGAGGCAGGAGAUGAGAAUUUUAAUGUUAGGAUCUGAAGACUUUGCGAGAUGUUCACUUUUUAUGUCCAGGAGUAUCACAUUCUGAAGUAAUAAAAGGGCUUGUUUGCUUAGAAA